AUGAUCAUUGGGACACAUAAUGGAAACAUUCCACCUACGAUCCCGGCGACCCCUUCGAACUCUAUCUAUAUUGCCUCUUCAUCGAUAGACGGAAAUGUUUGUGUGUCAUCGCUAGUUGAUCCAAAAGAUGUCCUCCUGCGCAACUUUGGACGGCCAAUUCAAGCUGUAGCUCUCUCCCCUGCAUACAAAAAUGACAAAUCAUACAUUUCUGGAGGACUUGCUGGAAAAUUGGUCCUUACAGUAGGGGGUAAGGUUGGGGCGAAAUCAAACUCUACCGUUAUGGGAGGCUCUACUCCCAACACUUCGGGCUGGUUAGGCUCUCUCGGCCUGGGCGGAAAUAGUGGGAAAGACGUUGUUCUACAUAGCGGAGAGGGCACUAUUAGCACCAUAAAAUGGUCGAUUUCAGGGAAAUAUGUUAUGUGGGUCAACGAAGAAGGAAUUAAAAUAAUGCGGUCAAAUUUGCAUCUCGAAAGCGCGGACUCUGACUUUGCUUGGAAACGAAUGAGCCACAUCGAUCGACCAAACCGUCCCGGAUGGGAGGAAAUGGCGAGUGUAUGGAAACCCCGAGCCGAGUGGGUGGACGAAAAUUCCAUGGACGUCGACGACAAUUCUGAGAGUCUGCAGUCGCAAACGCAUUCUUUAAAUACGAACAUGAAUAACGGCCGUAAUCAAAGCGCAGUCGAAAAGCUUCUUGUUGGUUGGGGUGGCACUGUUUGGAUCAUCAAUGUCUUCCCAGGUGGGUCGAGUACGGGGAAGGAUGUUGGAGAACGGAAAAUUGGAUCUGUUGAAGUUGCAACUAUAUUACGCACUGAUUGUAUUAUUUCAGGAGUUUCGCUAUAUACCCCAAAUUUGCUUCUUGUGCUUUCAUACCUGAUACCUGAAGACGACAACGACGAAUCCAACGCGAAGCAGGCAGGUCCUCGACGCGGAAUUCGUCAUCGACAAAAUGGCCUUGAGCCUGAACUUAGACUAAUUGACAUCGAAACUAAAGAGGAGCUUGGGGCCGAUACUCUGACUAUUAAAAAGUAUCAAACUUUUUCUGCUUCGGAUUACCAUCUAGGCGUACUACCUCCAAAUCGAGUACCCGCAGCAACAGUACAGCGAGGCGCGCUCGAGGCAUUAAGUGCUGGACUCUGGGACGCUACUCUAUAUCCUACGCGCCUUUUUAACUCCGCUGCUAGUGUUCGGAGUAAUGGCAGCAGUGUAGGCAAAAGCUCGAGCAUCCGUGGAGCAAGUUCAAUAAAAUCGAUGGGUUUAUCAGCCAGCGAUAUACAGGCGAAGGAGCUAGCCGUUAAGGCUACCGGAGGGAUCAAGAUAUUCGUCCACAGCCCUUACGACUGUGUAAUCGCAGUAAAACGAGGCAUUGCAGAUCGCUUAUCUUGGUUGGAUCGUCAUGAAAAAUAUGAGGAAGCAUGGGAGCUCAUUGUCCAGCACCCAGAAGCUGCGGCCGCAACCUUAGAGAGGGCGGAGAGCCUACCUUCCACCCCGACUAAGCUGCAAAGCACUCUUGCAGAUUUUUUUGCUGAUGAUAAUGCGUCCGUCAAGACUGCUAGUCAGGCCGCAAACUCCGCAAACUCUGCUGCAGAGAUGGAGAAGCGUCGUAUUGGAGAGCGUUGGCUGGAGCAGCUUAUUAGCCAGCAAAAUUGGGAGAGAGCUGGACAAGUGUGCGGGAAAGUCCUGCGAACAACAUCUAGGUGGGAACACUGGAUAUGGGUUUUUGCACGCAACAACAAAUUUGAUGAAAUAACGCCUCACGUCCCAAUUGAGAUCAGCCCUCCGAUACCCUCUUUGAUCUACGAAGUUAUUCUUGGACAUUAUGUUUCCCGAGAUCGAAUCAGAUUCAAGGAACUACUUGAACUAUGGCCUACCGAUCUCUUCGAUGUUACAAGUGUAACCGCUGCCAUAGAAGAGCAACUCCAAUCUACAGCUGUUGAGCCCAACUCGGAUGACUGGACAAUUUUGAUGGAUGUUCUAGCCAAACUGUUCCUUUCAGAAAGGCACUACAGAGAGGCUCUCCAUUGCUACAUCCGUCUGCAGGAUGAUGAGGCGGCAAUGCGAUUGAUUCGCGAAUAUCAUUUGUUAGAUGCUAUAGCUGAUGAUAUACCCGGCUUCAUUCUCAUUCGAGUCUCGAAAGAACAAUUGAAAACAGCUUCUAUACCCGAGUUGGAUGCCGCCACAGCAGAACCCAUCAAAAUUUUAGUAAGGGAAGCUACCAACGGUGUCGUUGGCCCCGAAGCUGUUGUUUCACAGUUACAGCUCGCAGACCGGCGACUCUUUCUUUUCUUCUAUUUAAGGGCGCUCUGGCGAGGCGAUCCCACAUCAACCACCCCAAAAAACCAUUCCAGAUUCCGGCACCAGAAAAGAGAUGCUGCUAAGCUUGCGACUGACGAAAGACGAGCUCUAAUUGAUGGCAUUGCAGAUACUGUCGUCGAAUUGUUUGCAGAGCACGAUCGCCAAUUAUUAUUAGAGUUUCUCCAAUCGAGCACAUCCUACUCGUAUAGUGCUGCCAGCUCGAUAUGUGAAUCUCGCCAUUAUACCCCUGAACUCAUUUAUCUCUUAUCCAAAACUGGCCAAACCAAACGAGCACUCAACCUCAUCCUGUCAGACCUCCACGAUGUCUCAUAUGCGAUCUCAUUCGCCAAGACACAAGAUGACCCAGAUCUUUGGGAGGACCUCUUGUCCUUCUCAAUGGACAAACCCGAAUAUAUUCGCGGCCUGCUUGCCGAAGCUGGAACUUCAAUUGACCCUAUAAACCUCGUUCGCCGUAUACCAAGCGGCUUAGAAAUCGAAGGGCUCAGAGAAGGCCUUACCAGGUUGAUUCGCGAGCAUGACAUCCAAGCAUCCAUCAGCCAAGGCGUGGCAAAGGUUUUGGAAGGAGAAGUCGCGAUGCGAAUGGACAUCUUAAGGCAGGGACAGCGGCGAGGAAUCAAAUUCGAUAUCGUCCGUUCCCCUUCUGAACCAGAUGAGAAACGGCAGGCUGCCCAGGAAACCGAAGAUUUGAAAAAAGGUCGUUGUGCUGGAUGCCGUAAGCUGUUUAGUGAGCAAGAACCGAACCCCUCAUCGGCUUCGCUUGCGGCCACAUCUUCCACGCCUCCCACCUCCGCCAUCAAGACCAACCACCCACCGCCACAGAACAUGAACCACGCCCAGCCUCCCCAACCCCAACCAUCCGCCCGCCCCCACAAACCCCUUCACGACCACAAACGGCCUCAACCUCCCUAUCCUACCAAGACUACACAACAACCCAAUCACCAUCCUUCUUUUCCCGUACCGUCGGCCCCAAAGUGA